GUGUCUUUAAAAAUAAAAAUAAAAUAAUAGAUGCCAUAUUUUUCAUCUUUGUCCGCUUGACAAUUUCUUUGUGCUACUGCUUGAGCUCGCUCAUGUAAAAUCCCGUUACUUCACUUUCGUAAUUCAUAUAACAAAGGCCUAGAAUCAUUAGCGACGGUUUGCUGAGCUUGUGGCGAAGCCCGUGUCGGAAAGCAUCGCGUCGAGUGCGGAGUGCAGUGACAUCGAUCUCGUUAAAUUGUGAUCGGAUUUUAUUGAUUUUAACCUUGUUGUGCAACACAUUGUUUUUAUGCUGUUUAUUUAUUAGUUCGGUCGGGCAACUGGCGAGCUCGCGGGGCCAAUUUCGCGUGGAGGGCCCAAACAAGAGUGAGCCGUGUCUUGGGGGAACAGCAACCCGGGCACUACGGUGGCCCCUGACACGCUCGCGCCAGCGCCCCAGCCCCCGGGCCGUAGUGUUAGCGAGUAUAGAAUCGCAGUUUUCUCGUUCCACGGACGAAUCGACGCAGAGUCACCCGCGAAUGCUUAUUGGCACUGAUUGGAUGAACAAACAGCUCUAGUGCAAAGCUAUGAUGUCAUUGUUUUGAUCUCGUCGUAAAUCAUAUGUGGUUGCAGGGGCGCUGGAGAUGACGGGCGCGGACAGCGUGCGCUUCAGCGGCCACACGCUGGACAAGGCCACCAAGGCCAAGGUGACGCUGGAGAACUUCUACACCAACCUCAUCGCGCAGCACUUGGAGCGACAACAGCGCUUGCACAAGCUCGAGGAGUCGCUCAAAGAUGAGGCGCUGAGCGAGGCGCAGCGCGCUGAAAAGCGCCAGCAGCAUGCCCAGAAAGAGACGGAGUUCCUGCGGCUCAAGCGCUCGCGCCUCGGCGUCGAAGACUUUGAGCCGCUCAAGGUGAUCGGGCGUGGCGCGUUCGGCGAGGUGCGGCUCGUGCAGAAGAAGGACACGGGCCACGUGUAUGCCAUGAAGAUCCUGCGCAAGGCCGACAUGCUGGAGAAGGAACAGGUGGCGCACGUGCGCGCCGAGCGCGACGUGCUGGUGGAGGCCGACCACCAGUGGGUGGUGAAGAUGUACUACAGCUUUCAGGACCCCAUGAACCUGUACCUCAUCAUGGAGUUCCUGCCUGGCGGCGACAUGAUGACGCUGCUCAUGAAGAAGGACACGCUCAGCGAGGAGUGCGCGCAGUUCUACGUGGCCGAGACGGCGUUGGCCAUCGACAGCAUCCACCGGCUGGGCUUCAUCCAUAGGGACAUUAAGCCCGACAACCUGCUGCUGGACGCGCGCGGACACAUCAAGCUGAGCGACUUCGGCCUGUGCACGGGGCUCAAGAAGAGCCACCGCACGGACUUCUACCGCGACCUGUCGCGCGCCACGCCCUCCGACUUCAACUUCUUCUCCGUGUCCACGUCGUCCUCCGCGCUGGACUCCAAGCGGCGCGCCGAGUCCUGGAAGCGCAACCGGCGCGCGCUCGCCUACUCCACCGUGGGCACGCCUGACUACAUCGCGCCCGAGGUGUUCUUGCAGACCGGAUACGGUCCCCAGGCCGACUGGUGGAGCCUCGGCGUUAUCAUGUACGAGAUGCUGAUCGGGUACCCUCCGUUCUGUUCCGAGUCGCCGCAGGAGACGUACCGCAAAGUGAUGUCGUGGCGGGAGUCGCUCACUUUCCCGCCGGAGAUCCCGAUCAGCGAGGAGGCGCGGGAGACGAUCCUGCGCUUCUGCUCCGAGCCGGACCGCCGGCUAGGGUCACAACGUGGCAUCGAAGACGUCAAGCUGGUGGGCUUCUUCCGUGGCGUAGACUGGAGCCACGUGCGCGAGCGGCCCGCCGCCAUCUGCGUAGACGUACGCUCCAUCGACGACACGUCCAACUUCGACGACUUCCCCGACGUCAAGCUGGAAAUACCGUCGGCGCCCAUCUCCAGCGAAGGAGAGGUGGCCUACAAGGACUGGGUCUUCAUCAACUACACCUUCAAGCGAUUCGAAGGGCUGACGCAGCGCGGGACGCCCAACAAGAAAUGAACUACAUCGUCGCCGUCGCCGCGGCCGCUGCAGCCUUCACUACCGCCCGUACCGCCGCGAACGCGGUCCUGCUGCGCGCUGCUCUGAACGCGCUUGCUGCAGUCAGCGCGCGUCCGCCCAGGGUUGUAAAUAUAUAACAUCUGCGCUCCCCAGCACUGUCGCCCGGAGCGAGCGGGAGCGGAACUAAUAUAUAAAUAUACUAUAUUUAUUUUGAUCGGAAGUGCGGCGCCCGCGCGAGCUCCCCGGCGACACCGUGGAGAGGCCACAUAAUAUAUUUAAUGGUUAAAAUUAUAGCAUAGAGAUAUCAUAUUGAAACUUCAUAUUUUUAGAUUAUCUACACGAAAAUUAUAACAGAGUUUACGGUUUAAGUGUUUCCUAUCGGGGUGGCCUCGCGAGUAGGCCGUCGCGGUCGAACUUCCCUUGCAUGUGAUGUUCCCUGCGAGCGGCGCGCGGGGCCACGCGACGCUCGGAGCUGUGUGGGGGCGCAGCUCCGCGGGCUCGCCGAUUGUUCACUGACCAUACUUAGGGUCAUUUGCUCAUCCGAACUAUUCAAAAUUGGUUGACUGUAAUUUGUAAACGCUAGUCUGUAACCGCCCUAAACGUAGAGUGCUACGUUGCGAUACUUGUGACAAUGCGCCGCACAUAAAUCGCAAGUAAUAGUUAUAUAACAUUCAAUUAAAAUACUAUCGCUUAGAUUAAAAAUUAUUUUUGUGCGUUAGUGAAAACCAUUUGUAACCGAUACGUCCGUAACUUCUCGGUUACGGAAGCUAUUGCGAAUGCAGUCAACAACUAAUCUUGAAAUAUGUUUAAGAAUUACCCAGUUUCUUGCAUGUUCAAAGCUUUUUUGGUGCACUUACAGAAAAGCACAGUGUGUUGGAAAUUAAUACUAAGUAUAAAAAUAAAUAGCUUGAAAGUAAAAUAAAGAAUGAUUUUGCUCGUGUAACGUAUACAAAAUACUCGUAUGUCGUAAAUUUGUUCAAUUUAACUAUUUGUACUUAGAUUUCCACUGCUGUUAAAGAUUUCACAUAAUAUGAGUGUGAUGUCUUUGACAGAUCAGUAGAAAUCAGCCGUAGGCGUCGAUCCUAUAGCCUAGAGUUCUGAUUUAUCCGUUCCGCAUUCUCUAUUGACCAGGUAAAGAUAUAUUAUGUUAAAUAGUUCUGUUAUUGAUUAUUUAGCGUCACGUUAGACAGCUAUUGUUCUGCGUGGUAGACAAUUAGAGAGGUUAGGCCUGUGUAUAGAUUGCAAUGAAUGCAGAACUCUGAGCCGUUGGCUGUCGGUUCGAUGCCUCAGUGUGAACGAGUAUCGAAUUCUGCCGAUACGUAUUGCACUCGUGCCAGUCAAGAAAUUAAUCGAAACGAAGCAGCGCUAAUUAUUCCGUCUCGUUCACAUGCAUACACAUGUAUAAAGUGUAAGUUAAAGGGAAUUAUUAACGCCGCCAAUUUCGAUUCCUUUUGUAUUGUCUUGUAUCCACUAUUGUCCUACUGAGUUUGGAACUUAUGUAGGAUGCACGGCCAACAUGUUGCGAGGAACACCGAAUGAGCACAUUGUACAAGAAAGCAACAAAUAUUCCUAAUACCUAUCGUUAUGAUAGUGGGGUGAUAUUGUCUUUGCUCCUGCUUUGAAGAACUCGGAUAUUUUGCUCUCAUGAUUCCUCGUAGCUUAUUGAUGUAUGAAAGGAUCGUAUUGUACAGUUCAUUUGAUUGUAAUCAUUGUAUUAUUUAGACCUUAUCGAUUAUCGUUAAAUUAUUGAAUUAGUAAAACAGAUGCGGUUUAUUCGAUGCGUGCCGAACUGCCGCUGAUGGGCUCACGAUGAUGUGGACGCUCGUUGUAUGGCCAAAAUUAAUAAUAAUUAAUCAGUCUAUCUGUAAUCAGUUGAUAAAAUACUUAAAAUAUUAAAAAAUUGCUCUUAUUAUUGCUUACUUUAUCGAUUUCAUUUAGUUAAAUUAUUGCUUAUAUAGUACGAUUUCAUUUUAUUUUUAUUAACAUUACACUAUUCAAUUCGUAAUAAUCAUUAUUAAUUAUUAAUAAUAUAUUGAAUUCACCUGGGAGCUCAUAGUACCUGUCCAGGUGUCCGCGAUGCUAUGUUAUCCGUUCUCGGGCAGCUAACAGAGCAGGUAAUGCCUCUCCACACCUGCCUGGAUGCUAUUGAUUCCAUGUAACUAUACAGCUUAAUACCAGUACAUAAUAACUUCACUUCAACACUCAAAUUAAUAUGUAUGCUUACUUGAUUUAUAUAUUUUAUAUUUACUUAGCCAUAGAUAUCAGUUUAUAAUAUAACCUAUCCAUAAAAAAGAUAUACAUAAUUUUGUGUUUUGCGCUUGAUGACUGUCCUUAGAGAAUACUCAUGUGAGCGCUCGUUUAGUGCUCGCGCUUCGUGGUAAAUUUUUACUCGUACUUGGACCUGUCCCUUGGCCCUCGCGCUUACGUUAAGUGUCAUUAGUGAUUAUUAUUAAUUUUGGCUUCUAGUAAUAAGUCAUUUCACCCGAGAUAAGAGUUAAUUACGACCAAUAUAUGUAAUUUGAACUUUGUCUAACAAUGUUGCGCUUUGUUCUCGUUAUUUGGGUUUUCAAUAAUAAUAAUAAUAAUAAAUUGACAACAGUUCAUACAAUAUGAAAGACCAUUUAAAGAUAUCACUGGUCGAUUUAAACUUACUCGACUGUUGUAGGAAUGUCCUGAAGUUCAGGAUAAUAUUCGCAUCAUCCAAGAAUGUUGAAGUCGGGUUUCAAAAUUCAAUUUAUCUGUAAUCUGUCAAUAAGUUGACAGUCGAUAAAGACAUGCAGGUAUUAUAUUAUAUAGAUAUAAUAUAUAAUAAUAUAUACCCUGGAUACUGGAACCAAAUACCAACAUAAUAUGUCUCCCACUACGAAUAACAAAUUAAAACGACAGAUCGGGCCCUGUCCGACCUCUCGCUCUCGCUGGGCAGUCGAAGUGGGAUAGCGAUAAGUAGGUAUUGGAAGUAACCUCCUUUUACUUCUACUUCGUGGUUAUUUAGCAAUGUUGCUAUUUGUCAAAAUAUAACUUUGGUAUAAUGGUAAAAAAUUAUUUCCCACACACCAUUUUAACUUUAUAUGUCAAAUAUCAUGAGAAAAGUGCGAUUUUAGUUCUUAUUUUAACGGUGAAUCUUACUUUUGAUAUGCCAGUUGACCCAUAGAGUUAAAAUGGCGCGUGAGAAGCCAUUUUGUACGGACUAUAACGUUAAAUCGAUCGAUUCCAGAUAGUUUGAAUAUUGAAACUGGACUCGAAUCAUAAUUACUAGUUGUUCACUGUCCCUCGACACCGCGUCCGUCGCGCGACUGUGUCGCGCCGCUCAGUCGCAAGCGAGCAGCAACAGCAGUGACCCCCGGCCGCUCGUUUCCAUUAUUUAGCUACUCGCUUUGUUAUUGUUAUAGAAAAUUAAAAAAAAGUAUGUUUAUUUAGUUUCUUAAAUUGUAAGAUUUUUUUAAAUAACAUUUUGUUUAGUUUUUAGUAUAGAUUAUUAUCGUUUCUUCCAUGCGAUUUAAGAAAGUGGCAAUACAAAUAAAGCUAUAUUAAAUUUA